AUGGGUGAGAAGAACUCCGGUAUGGUAGAUGAGCAAUCAAUGGGGGCAAUGGAAGACUUAAGACAGAAGUUUCACGGAGUGGUGAAGUCAUGGAAUUCAAUGAAGAAGAAUGCUGGAGGGUUAGGUCUAAAAUUCUUCUUGAAAAUAUUUGAGAUUGCUCCAUCAACAAAAAAAUUGUUCUCAUUCCUAAAAGACUCAAAGGUUCCUCUAGAGAAGAACCCAAAGCUCAAGUCCCAUGGCAUGACCUACUUUGUGCAGACUUGUGAAUCAGUUGUUCAACAUCAAAAAGCCGACCAAGUGACAAUGAGAGACUCUACCUUGAAGAAAUUAGGUGUUGUUCACUACAAAUCUGGUGUCCUUGAUGAACACUAUGAGGUUACAAAGUUUGCAUUGUGGGAAACAAUAAAGGAAACAGUUCCUGAAAUGUGGUCACUAGCAAGCAAAUGAUUAGUUAGUUGUUGCUAUCAAAUCAGAGAUGAAGUUGUCCUCUUACACAUAUGUGAUCGAAUCAUCUAUAAAAUAAGACCGAAUGAAUGUAUUGAUACA